GCGCAGGCCGUAUCGUCCAAUCUGUUCGCAUAAUCCCGCGAUAAAUCGACUCACUUCUUCCGAAUACUUAAAAAAUAAUAACAAUAGUUCAAAGUUAUUCAAUAUUAAAAAUACUUCUUUAUCAUUUACGACAACGCUCGUAAAUAAUUAUCAACUUCUGAGAAUUCCGCUGAUUCUAAUCGGCUCCGUCCAUUUUCAAAUUCUCAAUUGACAUCACUUAAUUCCGUCUAUUGAAACGGAUUGUCAAUACCGCCGCUGAUCGUUCCCAGAGCCUUAGAAUAAUCAAAGGGGGUUAAGAUACUCCUAUCACCGCAGAAACGCUCGGCUCAUCCUCAUCAGUAUACUUUCAGCAUUGUACACGUAAACUCCGCGACUGAUUCAACAAUUCGAGAGGACUUGUAGUGGAUAACCGAUACGGGAAUGCUUCUGCCCGAUAUAAAUUCAUUGUCAAUGCAACUAUUUUUUCCAUAUCCAUUGAUUAAUCUCAUCUGAUUAGACGCACAAAGUAAUUUACUGUUAUCGCGUGAAAUUGUGGGUCUGUACGUGUCGUCAUCGGUUGCGGUUCGCUGUCGCAAUUUUGUUGUGUAUGUUAGAAUAACAGAAGUGUCUGGAAAUAAGGAAGAUGGCUGGUGUUUCAGUAUUCGAUGAGGUGGAACGAAAAAUAAGCAAACACAGUUUGCGAAUAUCCCUGGAUCUCUCAAAGGAGAAUGAUCCAGAUUCAUCAAACGGAAUGAGAAAAUUCGUGGGAAGUGUCGAUGACAUGAAAUAUGACAACGAAUCAAUUACCUCAACCUCUUGCUGCGCAAAUGGAAGAAACUUCCUGAACUCCUGGUAUUCUGAGAAUCGUAGAGCUGUAAAAGUACUGAAGUACGUCAUUCUUCACUCAAUCAUUCUAGUUUACGCAGUUUUCGCCAGUUUAUACUGGACGAAUCACAACUCUAACUGUGAGCUCGAGUGGUGCAAUGGAUAUGGUAUGCUCCUGAUCCUGCUCGGAGUCGUGUAUUUUAGUCUUCUGUAUUAUUACGUUAUCAAGAGGUACCUUAGCGAAGGUAUCGAGACAGUAUUUUCCCCGAUUACCUCCUGUAUUGGGUCCAUUCGGCAAAGAAGUUGUCUGUCCCGGUCUUUAAAAACAAGCUUCUAUGUUGCACUCUUCAUUGCUCUAGUGAUCUUUUUGAUUUAUGAUACAAUUGACUCCAGAGAUCGCCUCAUAAGUUGCCUGGGUUUUGUUAUAAUUCUUCUCUUUGGCUUCGUAUUCUCGAAACAUCCGACUCAGAUUAAUUGGAGACCUGUCAUAUGGGGCAUAAUUCUUCAAUUUUUAUUCGGAUUGUUAACAAUUCGAUGGGAAAUCGGCAGACAAAUCUUCGGAUGUCUGUCAAAUAAGGUUGCUAUGUUUCUCGAUUAUGCCAAGGACGGAGCGUCUUUUGUAUUCUCACCUGCACUCGUUAAUAAUGGAGUUUUCGCAUUUUCUGUACUUCCUGUGAUAUUUUUCUUCAGUUUUAUGAUCCAAAUACUCUACUAUUGGGGCGCUAUGCAAUGGGUCAUUAUGAAACUGGGCUGGGCAUUGCACUCAAUCAUGGGCACAACGGUUUGUGAAUCAUUGAAUUCAGCUGCCAAUACGUUUCUCGGAAUGACAGAGUCUCCGCUGCUGAUAAAGCCCUAUAUCUCGAAACUCACGACGUCUGAAAUUCACGCAGUCAUGUGCUCCGGAUUUGCAACUGUCUCAGGAACGGUUUUGGCAGCUUACAUCAGCUUUGGAGCACAACCAUCGCAUCUCAUAACAGCGUCUGUGAUGUCGGCACCUGCAGCUCUCUGCUAUUCAAAAUUAUUUUACCCAGAGACUGAAAAAAGUCAGACGACCUUCAAAAAUAUUCCGCUGCAAAAAUCGGAGGAUACAAGUGUGAUGGAUGCUGCAACGAAAGGCGCACUAGCUGGAAUUCCUCUCGUACUCGGAAUUGUUGCGAAUAUUGUGGCAUUCGUUUCCUUCAUUUCUUUCCUCAAUGGAAUUUUAUCAUGGAUCGGAGGUCUUGUUGGUUUUCCUGCAUUAACAUUCGAGUACCUCUUAUCCAAAGCAUUUAUGCCAUUGAGCUGGAUAAUGGGGGUGCCCUGGGACCAGUGCGAAGAUGUUGGUACCCUGAUAGGCCUAAAGACAGUAGUCAACGAAUUCGUAGCUUAUCAGAAACUCGGUGAAUUCAAGGCCCAGGGUAAACUCAGCCCGCGGGUGGAGGGAAUCGCCACAUUCGCGAUAUGUGGAUUUUCCAAUCCCGGAUCAAUUGGAAUAAUGAUGGGGGGAUUGGGAUCAAUGGCGCCGGAUAAACGAGAACAAAUUGCCGCUGUCGCCAUAAGGGCGUUCAUCGCUGGCUCCGCUGUUUGUUUCCUGACUGCGGCCAUCGCUGGAAUACUAAUGAAUGAGGAUUUCUACAGUCAAGCCGUCAUUAAUGGAACAACAGUCAGCCCAGCAAUGACAAGUUGAUAAACAUUUUGUAAAUAUUUUCAAACAGUAUUUCCGAUGAACAGCAUUCAUUCCAAUAAUUUCAAUUGUACUUAAUUUUUCGUCCAGCAUUUCACUUUCGAACAGCAGAAGUUGCACAUUUUAGAAACAUCGCCUAGACAUAUUGAAAAAUCAAAAUCCGCUGACUGUUUUUUAUUAGAAAAUAAAAAUAAAUAUUUUGUAAGAGUAAAUAAA